GGCUGAUAAGGAAGCGUACGGUGUUCUCGCACAAUGAUGAUUUGUGCUUUUUAAGUGUAGGAUUUACACUCAGAACAGUAGUCUUUUCAUUCCUAGUUGAGACGAGUCCUCAGCCGACACAGAGCUUGUCCUCGCUGUCUUUUGUAGCCGUGAGUGAUCAGAGAAAACCCCAAAGAGCGAGGAUGUUGGUCCCCGCGGGAAGAUAAUGAAGAGGCUGCGCGUUUUGUUGGUGUGCCUCAUUGUAGCUCUCCUCUGCUGGUACCCAAGUCAAUAUGUGUGCUGUUCAGAGCAUAGCUUGUCUGGCCCAACUCCGUCUGCCCAGGACGGAGACCAUGACAGCCACGAGCCGGAGCAGGACUCCACACAAAACAAGGCGGUGGAAGAAUGGACAACACACACCUCAUACGAUAUGGGACUAGAAACAGAGAGAGCAGCGCUAGAGAAGCUAGCAAAGCACAGCAUACACCAUGAACAGACUGUGAAUCCGCAGGACGUUGAGGUGGAAGAGAAGAAGCCAGACCCAGAGUCUGACACUGUACCCGUUGCCCUUGAGCCAGAACCCACCCCGGAACCGCAGGCCGACUUGAACCUGCAGAUUCCUUCCCAGGACCACGACCAGGAAGCCCCUGUGUCCUCCGCUCCAGAACCAGCCCCAGCACAGGGCCCAGUGUCCACUGACGCAUCCGCAGAGACUUCUGGCGAUGCCCACCAUGCUACAAAUCCCAGACUGGACGCCCAUCCAGCAACAUCCCCCGAUGAAGCUGAAAACACACCUACCUCACAGAGUGCUGUCCCCGCCCACACAGGUGCAGUGCGGGUUGCCAGUGAAGGAGAUGAACUCCCAGUAGACAGCUUUGUCUUUGCUGAGCACUCUGAUUCACAGUGCGGGGUCAUUUCCCCCGAACUGGCAACCUGUGAAAACUCCCCUUUUGGCAGCCCGCUCCUCAGCAUGGGCGAGGCUGACAUAGAGGACCAGCAGUCAGACAAGAGGCACAGCUUUGUUCCUGAAGCAGAAGUAGAGUCCGCUAAAAACCCAGUGGACCAGGAGCAGGACCAGCCGCAGCAGGACCCGCAGCAGCUUGAGCUGGAAGAUGGGCCUCCCUCUAUGGACCAGGAGAGUAACGCUUCUCAUCACCAUCAAGAACAGCAGGCUGGAGAAUCAGGAGAAUCCAGCAUUGCUCGAGAGACUGACCCCUCAGUGCCCAGCAAAGAGGACAUCCCCACCUUUGACGAGUGGAAGAAGCAAGUCAUGGAGGUGGAAAAGGAGAAAAGUCAGUCUCUUCAUACCUCAACGAAUGGCAGUCCCCAUUCAGUGAAGAAGGUCCAGAAAAACUUUAAGAAUAACUACGCUUCUGUGGAGUGUGGUGCCAAGAUACUUUCUGCCAAUAAUGAGGCCAAGAGCACUUCAGCUAUUCUCAUGGAGAAUAUGGACCUUUACAUGCUAAAUCCCUGCAGCAACAAAAUCUGGUUCGUGAUUGAGCUCUGUGAGCCAAUUCAAGUGAAGCAGCUCGACAUUGCUAACUUUGAGCUCUUCUCCUCGACGCCGAAAGACUUUUUAGUUUCUAUCAGUGAUAGAUAUCCGACAAACAAGUGGGUGAAGCUUGGUACGUUCCACGCCCGAGAUGAGAGAAUAGUCCAGAGCUUCCCUCUUGAUGAACAGCUGUAUGCUAAAUACGUGAAGAUGUUCAUCAAGUACAUAAAGGUUGAACUCCUCUCGCAUUUCGGAUCCGAACACUUCUGUCCUCUUAGUCUCAUCAGGGUGUUUGGUACCAGCAUGGUGGAGGAGUAUGAGGAGAUAGCAGAUUCCCAGUACCCGUCUGAGAGGCUAGAAUACUUGGACGAAGACUUUGAUUAUCCACCUGGCUACCAGCCAUCAGAGGACAAGGCCUCAAAGAACCUGCUGGGUUCAGCAACCAAUGCCAUCUUGAAUAUGGUGAACAACAUUGCUGCUAACGUGCUGGGAGGCAAACCUGAGCUGGAGGGGGGCGCCGGACGAGACAACACUACGGCAGAGAUGGACGUUAAAAAGUCAGACAAAGGCAUUACAGCUGAAUCUGCUGAAGCCCCUCGUGAGCCCACAGGCUUGGAACCUGCAAAACCCGAACAGCCAGCCAUUGAGGAGGACUUAAAUGCUCCCAGUGACACUUCAGCCUCUCCCCCCUCGCCGUCCGACAGUCCCGAGGACAGGCAGAUCGUCACUCUGGUAGAGGAGGAGGAGGAAGAUGAAGAACCCAGACAGUCAACUGUCACUUUGAUGGAGGAGGAGGCUGAGGAAGAGGAGGAGAAGAGAGAGGAGGAGACGAGGAAGGAGGCAGACAGGAAUCAGCGGGAGAGCCAGGCGUACUGUCCGUUCUCCACCCUCUCGUCCCUGUCGUUGUCCUGCAUGGCCACCCUGCCCGAGCUGCUUCACCGCUGGUGCUCGGCCCGGCUGGCCAAAGAGAGACUGCGCAGCCUCCGAAAGAGACAUUUGAGUUCUCAAACACAGACUCAGCCUGUUGUGAACACCCGAGUCAUGGAUCACACUCCCUCACUGAGCCAAGUUCGAGUCCCGACGACACUUCAAGAGGUUCUUCCUCUUACAGAGAAAGCUCCCGAGCCCGAGGCCACGCCUAAGAUCCACAGUGAGGGCAAACCUGUUUUCGAGGUACACACUACUGACACCAAUCCCAGCGCACACACGCCUGAUGCGCACACUCCUGAACUCAGCAUCAACCUCGAGCCGAGCAGAAUCUCCAACAUCCCCCCUCACAGCUUCUCAGACAUCCACAGCUCCCUGUCGAGACCCACCCCCACCCACGAGGAGAAGCUCCUACCUCCAGUUAAAGAUGCAGCCCUGGAUCCCGUCCCCACUCCGCUCCUCCAGACUGUCUCCAUCCCCGAGACGCAGCAUGCGAGCAGUGCUACCCCCGCCCUUUCUCUGAGCUCUCUCUCACAGCUUCUGUCCUCCGAGACGGCCCCUGUCAGCGUCGUGGUUUCUCCUAUCAAGGAACACCCCGUGCAGCCCCUUCCCACCGCAUCGCGGCCUGAAGACCUGAUCCCACCUCCCACUGAGCUACCAGCAGCUCCCCCGCCGGCUGACGCCCACACAGAUGUAGCAAAGUCAAGUACGGACGGCGUGGACGCCCACAGACGGAAUGUCCUGGACUCUCAGAUGCACGGAGAGCACGCGGACUCUCUCCAGCAGACGGGAGAGUCCCAUCGGGUGGAGGACCCAGUGGACGAUGAGUUCCUGGGCACUAAUGGGAAUAGCAACAUCCACCGAACGGCCACUGAUUUCUAUGCAGAGCUGCAAAACGGCGGAGAUUAUAAUGGUGGAGGCGGUAAUGGGAACAGCGUGUUAUUAAACGGCGGAGCCGUGCACGGCUCCAGCCAGAAGGAGAGUGUGUUCAUGAGGCUGAACAACAGAAUCAAAGCUCUGGAGAUGAACAUGAGCCUGUCCAGCAGAUACCUGGAGGAGCUCAGUCAGAGGUACCGCAAACAGAUGGAGGAGAUGCAGAGAGCAUUUAAUAAGACCAUCAUCAAGCUGCAAAACACCUCCCGCAUUGCUGAGGAGCAGGACCUGAAACAGACGGAUUCCAUUCACAUGCUGCAGAGCCAGCUAGAAAACGUCACUAAGCUGAUGCUCAAUCUCACUGCCACUGUCAGCCAGCUGCAGAGAGAGGUGUCUGACCGGCAGAGCUACCUGGUUGUCUCUCUGGUCCUGUGUCUCUCUCUGGGACUCCUGCUGUGUCUGCAGUGCUGCCGUGGCUCAUCUCCCAGCCCCAGUACCAACACUACUGCCCUGCCCAAGAGCAACCACUACCCUAGCCCCAAGAGAUGCUUCUCUUCCUAUGACGAUAUGAGCCUGAAGCGCAGGGUGACCUGCCCACUUGUUCGCUCCAAGUCUUUCCACCUGUCCUCUACAGAAGUAGGUCCAGAUGACUUGUACAUUGUAGAACCUCUAAGGUUUUCUCCAGAGAAAAAGAAAAAACGUUGCAAAGCAAAAUCACUGGACAAGGUUGAGACUCUGAAGGCUUUCGCUCCCUCUGCUCUCCUCACAAAUGAAGACCCCAAAUGUAAUGGCUUCCAGCCAUGCCUUCCAGCGCCACCUCCCACCCCUCAACUUUUGCCCCUUCCACCCCCUCCCCCUCCCCCUCCACCACUUCCCCCACCUCCUCUUCCCCCUACUGCCGUACCGCUUCCUCCACCUCCAUCGACAGAGGAAGUGUUGCCGUUGCCCGCGUGCCCCCCUAAGGAGCUUCCUCCGCCAGAGACCACCAGCUGCAGCUCUUCCACCCAUUCUGAGGAGUCGUACACAAGCCGCCUCUCCCCUCCCUCGCCCAUCUUCCCCUCGGCCAGCAUGUGCAAUGGCCACGGCCUCUCCUUCCCCCUCAGCCAGCCACCCGCGAAGUCCCGUCAGGAGAAGCGCUCCGUGAAGCGGCGGAAGUCCCGGCAGACGGAGUUGCACUUCCCCCACAUGGCCCCGGGGGGCGUCGGCUCCCUGCCCAGCCUGCAGCAGCUUAUGAAGGGAAACAAGGAGAUGAGUGUUGGGACCAUAGGGGUGACGGCUGUCACCGGACCUGUCUGAUCACACACACACACACACACACACACACACACACACACACACACACACACACACACAGUACUGUAGCAUACUUGAGCGGGAGAAACGGUCAUAUCACAGCCCAAAGAACUACAUUUCCCAUGAGCCCCCAGGCGCACCAUGGAACUGAAGUGGGUACAGCAGCAGUAGCUCGACAUCAUGAAAUCCUCAUCCACUCAUGUCAAAGACCUGUUUACGGUUAUGUGCCUUUCUAUCAGUUUUAGAGCUUUUGAUUCUGAAAACGUGACAUGUAAAGGAUUGUUUUUGUGCGCGGAGAGACGCCGUGGUGGGGAGAGGAUCAUCAAUACAGGUCAAAACCAUCCUGACAGUCUUUUUUUUGGGUCCCUACUGGAUAAGCACAUUGUCCCAUGACGACUCGAGCACCGGUGACUUUUUUUUCCUCCCACUCUGAGCUCAGUGUGGAGAAGGCCUGACCUCAACUCUGCAAUUAUUCAACAAGUAUUAGGAUGCUCUGUGGGAUGACGCGUGGGAGAGCCGUGGAGCAUGACGGAUUACUUUCUCAUCCUCGUUUUGUUCUGGAGUAACUACAGGUGUUUGUAUGGGACCAGAGUGCUCAACUGUGCAAUGUCCCAGAUUCUUCUUCUUCUUCUUCUUCUUCUUCUUCUUCUGUCUCUGUCAGUCUGUUCCGAACCAGCUGUGAGAGCUGAAUGAAGAAAAUAAUUUUGCAUGGUGUGAAAGAGCCCUCGUGUCCCAGUUGAAUUUUCUACCUACCCUUGUAAUACAAAUACAGAAGCAGCCAUCUGUGGACCCCCACAGGAAGUUGUUUAACUUAUGCUAUCGAUUGAAACUUUGCUCAUGCAGCACACGAAGACGAUCAUGUUUUCUCUUUGGGACCGUGAUGAAGCCACACAUUGUUCUGCUUCCAUCACAUUUUGCCACACCUCUGCUAUUAUCGUGUGUGGGAUUUAUUUUCACAGGCAGGUCAGAAACAACAGCUUCUCUAUGAAGGGCUUGGGUUUGUUGUUGAGCUGAUUGUUUACACUUCUAUCAGACAUACAUACACUCACACACACACACACACACAAAAUCUACUGAGACCCUGCAGACUGCUCGGACAGACCAGUUUUAUUUAUCUAUUUAUUUAUUUAAAUGACUAGAUUGUUUUUUUUAAAUCUAGCCACUGGUCUGUCGGUCCUGCAGUGUCACUGUAGUUUGCUCCUGCAUGAAUGUUUGUUCCUCAUGAAUAUUACUCGGUGGUACUGGCACACGAAGAAACAGUAGAGGCCUCUGACACGUGGCUUUCUUCUUAAUUUAACGUUCAACGUCACUUUAACUGCUUCAAAUUGCUUUGAGCUGGAGUCUGAAACAUGGGUGAUAGCAGUCUAAUUUUAUAUCCAACACAAAGAAUAUUUCUGUUGGGAUCGUCACACGGCUGCUCCUGUGCUUGUUCAGUGCUGCUGGGUAGGAGGAAAUAGUAGAAAGGGCUAAGCUGUUUCGUUACCGUCUUUCUGUGUGCUUGUUUAAACCUCCUAGUUAGAUGAGAUGAUUGAAUUUAGUCGGAUGAGCUGAAUGAUUUUCCUGCAGUAACAUGAGUUCACACACUGCGGGUGGAUGAAGUAGUGACAGAGAGGAGUAUUUGUUUUUCCUGACGCAUGCAGUUUCGGAGCGGCUCCGAGCAGCUGGGUUCCUACGCAUGUUGACAGAGACAGAACCUCUUUCCUCCUCGUGCUUGUCGUUCUCCCAUCAGAGCCGAUCCAACCAGCAUUGGCAGAACUUCCCUCUACAUGUUAUUCACCAGACUGACCACUCCCCACCCUCAGCCCACUUGCACCACCUUCUCAGUGGAGAUGACGUAAGAUGCCUGCUUUUAUUAACCACUCUACCAUGUUCCCGUUAGACGCGCGAGAAGCUUUCCCCUUAAUGUUUCUGUGCAUCCUCUCUCUCUCUCUCUCUCUCUCUCUCUCUCUCUCUUACGCCCUACGUUUUUAGUCCUUGCAUUGAUUCAUUCUCUUGGUGUUUGCUCCACCUCAAAUGACGGCGUUUUGAGGAUGAAAUGAACUGUUGCUGAAUAAAGGGAACGCAGCAUAAAUGGAUCUGAUUCGGAACACUAUUAAUGUGAUUAUAUAUGUUUCAUGAGCUGAGCAAAUCCUGAGUUUUUUUGUUUUUUUUGUUUGUUUUUUAACAUUUGGAUGUGUGUGAUGUUUGUGUCCACUUGAACAUGUGUGACAUUUUGGUCUGCUCCAUGUGUGCGUGCAUGUUUGUUAUGAUAAAGACUACUUGGGAUCUGCUUCUACCCAUCAUAACAGCAAAAGAAGUAGCAGCUCAGUGUGCACUUUGUAUCACUCCUCAUGCCUUUUUUUUUGUUUUUGUUUUUCUACCUUAUAUGUCAAGUGCUAUCUUCUCUCUUCUUCUUCCUUUUUCCUUUCUUUCUCUCUGUCAGUCCUCUGUGGAGCUGCACAGUAUUCUCAAACAGGAGUGAGUUACUACAAAAUAUGUAGUGCCAUUAGAAACUGUGAAUUCUUUUUGAAUAAAAUACUUUUCCUUGUC